CCGCCGGUCUUAUCGGUUGCAUUAUAACGUUCCUCCCGUUCUAUUUUACCUCCUCUAUUUUGGGACGGUUGAAAAACAUUCUCGAUCGCCGUUCAAUUAUUCUCCUCACGCAGUGCGUGGAUCAUCUUGGCCGACGGGGAGGGGAAAAAUGGAGGAUGAACGAUCUAAGUUGAUGGUGAAAUAAUUGCAGCUACUACAAUUUUAGUGUGACGUCCUUCAAUUCCAUCCGCAGCUCGUGAUUGUUGCAGUGAAUCAUUAAAGGCACGGUUUCAAUCCAAUCACAGCGGACAGACACCAAGGGUCCAUCCAUCAUGCGGCGCAUCUUGUGAUGUCGUUCGACGUGUGUGGCUCGCGUAGAAGACAACACGAAAAGAGAGUGCUGCUGCGUCAAAGUAUAUAUGUCUAAAACCUACUGUGACGGCCAUAAAACUGGGGAAAAAGACAAGAGACGACAGAGCGUGACGCCGAAUCGAUGGAAAAGGACCAGUGCCCGGUGGAUUAUUAUUAUCAUUCGUGGUCGAAACGGUGGCCGACGAGAUCGGCUACGAGAAUAGUGACCUCGUCCGAUAACAUUUCGACUAGUGUGGCUACGCAUCAACGCCACUGCCGAUGCAACUGGAUCCGGAGAAGGAUCUUGGCUAAGUUAUGCCGGACGACGAUUGUAAUUGUCCUAACGCUAACGAUUCUAGUCAACCUCAUCUUUAUUCUGGAAUUUGGUUACAAGUCAAAACUCAUCAUUUCGGAUGAACCUACCAGCAGAGCCAAUAUCAGCGAUGAUGGACAAUCAUACCAAUAUCUAACACUAGACAUUGUUUCUAGUCAAUCGCGUGCGGCAGUCAGCGUAGAUGGAGCUAUGAUGAUUGACGAUAACGAAGUUGGUAAAGGACGAGGUAUUCACGUGCUAGUCUUGAAUCAAAGAACGGGUGCCGUAAUGGCCCGGCAAAUCUUCGACACCUAUUCGCCGCACGAAGACGAAGCGAUGAGCCUCUUUGUCAACUUAGUAUCAAAAGGGAGAAUUAUUGUCAUGACCAUUAAAGACGAAGGUUCGUUCCAUUUGAAGCAGCCGGCCAGGGACCUCCUGCAGCGAUUCGGCUCGAAGAAUUCCCAGAUAUUGGGCUGGAGAGAUACGUGGAUCUUCGUCUUCCAGAAAGAGGAUGCGAGAAGAGGCGGCAUGUGUUGCGAACAUUUGGGUAAAAGCUCCAAUUUCCUGUCGUGGGGCCAGCCGCUUUUGGUGACCUGCAAAGUUCGCCUAUCGACUGACCAACAUGAAGAGGAGUGCCAAUGGCCUGACACGGAAGAAAAUCAACGCCGUCGGGAAUUCUGCAGCCGAGUCGAAGGCUACGGAAGCGUCUGUGAUUGUCACCAACCUACCCCCAUCACUUUUCAGCCGUCUCCGAUUCCAAGUAAUCAAAUUCGUAAUGUUCCUGUGGCAAUCAUUGCCAGCGACCGUCCUCGUUAUUUGUACAGAAUGCUGAGAUCUCUAUUGAGAGCGGGUGGUGCCAAUAAAGAGAUGAUGACCGUGUUUAUUGACGGUUAUUACGAAGAGCCCAUGCAAGUGGUCCGCCUAUUCGGUUUGAAAGGAAUCCAGCACAAGCCACUGGGCAUCAAGAACGCUCGCAUUUCUCAACAUUAUAAAGCUUCUCUAUCAACUCUUUUUAAACAGCAUCCGGAUUCACGUCACGCCAUCUUAGUGGAGGAGGAUCUGGAUGUCGCACCCGAUUUCUUCCAUUAUUUCAGCCAACUGGUGCAUUUGUUGGACGAAGACCCAACACUUUAUUGCGUGUCGGCCUGGAACGAUCACGGCUACCAGCACAGCAGCGUCAAUGCGACGCUGCUCUACCGAGUCGAGACAAUGCCCGGACUCGGCUGGAUGCUGUCGAGGAAGCUAUUCAAAGAGGAGCUCGAACCUGCAUGGCCGACCCAAGAUAAAAUGUGGGAUUGGGAUAUGUGGAUGAGGAAGCCAAGCGUCCGACGAGACAGGGAGUGCGUGAUUCCAGACGUGCCACGCACCUAUCACUUCGGUGCCAGCGGCUUAAACAUGAAUUCCUUUUUCCAAGAUACUUAUUUCCGAAAAAGGGCGCUCAAUAAUUUAGCGGACGUUCAACUGCACGACAUCGAGAACAUGAAGGCUAUUAAUUACGAGCGUGUCAUCGAAACGGCCGUGUCCAAUGCAACACUGCUUGAUCACACCAUUUCACCUUGCGAAGAAUCUUUCAUUCCCAACGUCGCGGGUGAGACGUUUGUGAUGUAUAUGAAAAUGGAGCACGCUCGGGACACCGUCACCUGGUUGCAAAUCGCCAAGUGCUUCAAGAUUUGGGAUUUGGAUGCAAGAGGAUCACACAAAGGUCUAUGGCGAUUCUAUUUGAAAAACAAUUCAAUAGUGGUCGUCGGUGUUCCGUUCUCUCCCUAUUCGAAAUUUAAACCGACCACGCUGAACCCGAUGGAAUUACACCCGGCAGUUACGACUCGUAAAACCAAUUAAGGAAAGGAAAAG